ACACUGGAGAGCAGGCAACCCCAGCAGAAGCAGCAGAAGACUUAAAGAAAAAAAUUGUUGCAUUGACCUCUGCCCUAAACACUGUGUCAUCAGAGAAAAGACGAAUUGAACUCUCUCUGCAAAAUGACAAGAAACGACUUAUGUCUGAAAAAGAAAAGUUGGAGAAGAAUUUGCAGGAAGCUUUGGAUGCUAGAAAAGCUAGUGAGAUCACCACAGAUGGAAAAAUUAAUGAUUUGAAAAGUCGAUUGAUUGUUGCCCAACAUGAACGUGAUCAAGAUACUCAGAAUGCUGCCGUCAUGCUUAGAGAAUUAGAGAGCAAGCUAGCAGUAGAACGCAGUACACGAGAACGACUGGAAGCCUCACUGGAUGAGGCCAAGCAACAACUCCAACGCUUAACACCAACCUCCAACCAUCGACCUCAAGAACUCUAUGAAAAGAAGAUCAUUGAUUUGCAGAAUGAAUUAGAACAGGUUCGAUCUCGUCUCAAGAGAGCAGAACAGCAGUCAGAGGAGCCACCUAUAUUACGCAAGAUUCAGGGACAGAUGGAGGAAAUGCGAAUGCAACAUAACCAGGCUCUUCAGCAUGAGAUAAGUCGUGCUGCUGUUGUAGAAGAAUCUGCAAGAGAGUUGGCAAAAUGCCAUGAGGACCGUGUGGUAGCCCUCGAAGGUCGGCUUGCUGACCUCUCCCUCACUGUUGCUUCUUACGACCGGACACGGCAGGAUGACCUUCAUGCCAUCCAUAAACUGAAGGAGAAAGUAUCGGAACUGGCACAGGAGAAUGCAUUUCUUGCAUCACGUUUAGAGCAGGACAUGGACAAUAGUGAGACAGAUGUGAAUGCUCUUUGUCGUCGCUUAUCCAAGCUUCGUGACCAGCUGAUAAAUGCUAAUUUUCACACAUCUCAUCCUGUAGACGUUGAAAGCCUUCUGUAUGGAGGCGAGAACAUACACGCCAGGUGUCAGCAGGAGUACGACCAACUGAAAGACGAGUUUGAAAACUACAAAAUUUCCUCCAAGCAGCAGUCAAAGGUUGUCAGGGAGACAACCUGUAAAGGAAACUGCGGCAAACAAAUUGAAGAAUUAAGACAGAAAAUCCGUAGUCUCACCUCGGCAGCUCAGCUGGCCUCUGAGGCUCAUUCACAGCAAGUGACGUCACUCAGACAGGAGCUAACAACUUUAAGAGCAUCUGAUGACACCCAGUUGAGACGUGUAGAAAGUGAAGGGCGGGUAGCACUUGCAGCACUUGAGCAGCAACUAGCCUUGCAACAACAACGAUCACUUGCCACACUAAGUGAACGCGAUUUAGAAAUUCAGCGGUUAACUCAACAGCUGCACGAGCGAGACAAAACUCCACCCCAGAAUGGUCUUGGGAGCCUAGAAGCCACAGCAGCUCUGUUAUCCCAAGUUAGUGGUGGGAGUGAAGGUCCUCUCCUGCACCACCUGGAGGAGUUAGCACGGAAAGACCAAGAAAUAUCUCAGCUGCGACGAGAAAAACGGCAGCUGGAAGCAACCAUGAGGGAAGUACAGAUGGCAGCACUUGUCAGGCAACAAGCUCACCAAGAUGCCAUUGAGGUUCUAGAGGAGGAAGUCGAGAGACAUCGCAGAAAUGUUUCUCGAGAGAGUGAAAACUUUGAGUACCUGAAAAAUGUUGUCCUCCAGUAUAUGAUAAGUUCAGAUGCAGAGUCCCGUCAACUGAUGUUGAAUGCAAUAUCUGUUAUCCUUAAAUUCACCAGUAAGGAAGUAGAAAGUGUGAAGAAAUACAAUGCACUCUGGUGGUGGCAGCCAGCUCCCAAGACUGUAGUGCCCGGGAAACCUAACUAUUAAUGUUUUUCAUUGGUAGAGUCAGUUGAAUGAUUAUACAUCAGAUUUAUGAAUGAAUUCUAUUUGAAUUUAGCACUGCUGUUUUGUCUAGGACUUGAAUGGUGAUUCAUGAUAAAUCAUUUACUGCCAUUAAUAAUAAAUCACUUACUGUACAAUUUGAAAACAUUCUGGUAUCUAUUAAAAAAAAGAGCAUGACUUUAUUGUCUUAUAAGUGUAAGUUAUUUUGGUGAAGUAUUCUCUAGUAUAUAUCCUCUUACAUUUUUAUAGCUAAUCCUAAAACCUUUUACUUUUUUAAUUUAAAUUGAUAGUCUUUUUAUUUUUUAAAAUGAAGUUGUGCUUUAUUGAAAAAAAGGUUUUGAGUAUUUGUAUUAAGAACGAAUUUUGAAUUUCUUUUCUUAUAAAUAAUUAGAGCAGCUGAUGCAGUAUACAGAACAUUCAAACAUAAUUUUGCUCCAAAGUAUCUUAAGAUGGCAGUGAUGAUGACUGAGUUUUGUGUGAACACACAGUGCGUGCUGGUGGUGUAUACCAUAAGUAUUAGCUCGCCAGCCUCUUAACAUAGUCUGCAUUGUUGUUCUCUACAAAUAAUGACUGGAAUGUCAUUAGCACUUGUGAAAAUAAAUAUUUUUUCACUGGAAAUAGAAAGUAUUUUAGGUACAGUAGAUGAAGAAUUUCUGGGAGGAAUGAUAGUAGUGAAAAUAUAGAGGGAAAAUGUUCACUUACAGCUGAUUAGGGUUAGAAAUGUUGUGAACUACUCUGUGUACAGUACUGGAAAAUGAUCUGUGAUAUUUGAUGGAGAUAUAAUUGUUCUUCAAUAUAUGAGAUGGUGUUUAUGAGAUACAGUAGGGCCCCGCUUUACGGCAUUUCGCUAAUACGGACAUUUCAAAUUAUGACCAGAACUCACUAAUAUGGUCACCAUAUCUCUCCAUUAUGUCUGGAAACUUUCCAAAAUUUCAAGUGUUUUAAAGUUAUUACAUAUUUUAUAUGUACAGUACUCUGAUAAUUAUACUUUUUUUUUUUUUUUUUUUUUUCUUCAACAAGUUGGCCGUCUCCCACCGAGGCAGGGUGUGUACCUGCACCUAAAUAAACUUACACAGUGCUGGCAUGCAGGUACACAUUAAAAUCACUAAGAGUGUCUUAUUAGUCUUGAGUACACCAUAUUAAUAAUGAUAAUACGCAAUAAUAAUCACUGAGGCUCAUUAACCCUUUCAGGGUCGGCAAUUUUUCGAAAAAAAAAAAAAAGAAAAUUCUUACGAAAUGAUAGAGAAUCUUUUCCCGAUCAUAAUGACACAAAAAGUAUGAAAUUUUAUGGGAAGCUUAAGGAAUUAUGCUCUCGCGAAGUAAGUCUCUACUAUGUUUACUCAUCGGCAAUUUCGCCCACUUUGAGCCCUAUUUUCGGCCAAUUCCAAUGUACCAGUCGACAAAAAUCAUAACUAUUUCGCUAGAACUCUAUUUUUUCUAUCGAAAGAGUACAAGAAACUACCCAUUUACCGACUUCAACUAUCCAGUAAAGUGGUCCGAAAUUGGCAAUUUUGCCAAUUUCACACAAAUUUCAAAAGAUGUCAAUUUCCAAAUAGGGUCCAGAAUAAACAAGACAGACAUUCCUGGCACUAAAAUAACAUUUCCUCUGUUCAGUAGUCACGUCUCCAGGCCUCUGUUACAUUUCUUUUGUUGUCCACUUUGAAUUUUUAUUCUCACAAAAAAUAGAAGAUUUACUGUUAUGCAGGCUACUGCAUUAGUGUAGAAAUGGUGUAAAUAAUAUCAGCCACUUGUAACAGAAUAUUAGACUCACCGGUUGACGUGUAUUGGAUGCAUGGCUUGAUUUAUUUACUUUUGAACUUUGGCAAAAAUCUAACAUUUCUGCUACUUUGAGCUCAAUUUCAAGGUACUUUUCAUUGUGAAACCAAUAAAAAUCAUCUCAAUUUCUGUAAUAUAACUUCAUUCUAUAAAAUGAGACCAGGAAAACUAGAAUACAACCAUAAAUAGCAUACGAAAAUACACUGCAAAGUUGUUGUUUUAAACCAAAAACACGGUCAGAGUUUUUUUUUUCUCAUUAUGCACUGUGUUCUGCAGGAU